UUUCCACCCUAAUUUGAAUAAGUAAGAAGCCCAGUAAAAAAAGAGCACAAAUCUACCCCUCCUUUUUACCGCCGCCCGCCUCCUCCUCCAUCACCGCGUUUGUGAAGAAGUGGGCUAAAUCUCGUUUUUCAACUCAACUCAACUCAACUCAAGAUGCAGCUGAACGAGACUACAGUUCAAAAACGAAGGAAGGAGAAAUUGAGGCAGAUGAAUACAAGAGAAGAUGUUGACAAAGCAGCUGUAGCCCAAGUCCACAAGUAUAUUGCUCGGUUUUGGUACCAAGCGGGCUUACCAUUCAACUUGAUUCAGUCGCAGUACUUUAAAGAUAUGGUCGAAGCAAUUGGUGCCUAUGGCAAACAUCUGCCUGCUCCGAGCUUUCAUGGCAUUCGAGGUCCACUUUUAAGCAAAGAGUUAGAGUAUACUGAUUCAUUGGUGAAGCCUAAGAAGAAAGAAUGGAGUAGGCAUGGUUGCACUAUUAUGUUAGAUGGAUGGACUGAUCAGAGGCAGAGGACUAUUAUUAAUGUUUUAGUUAGUUCUAUCCGUGGAACAAUAUUUGUGAAGUCUAUUGAUGCAACAUGCUUUGUCAAGACGGAGAAAAAAUUAUUUAAGCUGCUUGAUUCGCUUGUAGAUGAGAUUGGCGAAGAACAUGUUGUCCGAGUAGUAACGGACAAUGGGAGUAAUUAUGUAGCAGCCGGGAAGAUGUUGAUGGAAAAGAGAAAACAUCUUUAUUGGACUCCGUGUGCAGCUCAAUGCAUAAACCUCAUGCUUGAAGACAUUGGUAAGCUUCCUUUGAUUAAAGAAACAAUUCAAAAGGGUAUAAGUCUUGUUGGCUAUAUUCAUAGCCAUACUUUUACCUUAAAUUUGUUGGAAACUUUCACAAACAAGAAGGAAUUGAUGAGGCCAGCGGUCACUCGGUUUGCUACAUCAUUUCUAACAUUAGAAAGGAUUCAUGAGGAAAAAGACAAUCUUAGGAGAAUGUUUACUAGCGUUGAGUGGGUGCAAAAUACGCUAUCGAAGGAUGCUAAGGGGAGGGAAGUAACCGAGAUUGUUAUGAUGACUUCUUUCUGGGAGAAUGUGGUAUACAUUCUCAAAGUCAUGGAACCCCUUGUACGAGUUCUUCGAUUGGUGGUUGGUGAAAAGAAAUUAGCAAUUGGCUACAUAUAUGAGGCGAUGGAGAAAGCAAAAGAAACAAUCGGAGGGUCUUUUGAAAACAAUGAACAAAGAUAUGGAGAUAUUUUCAAGAUCAUCGAUGAUAGAUGGAAUUGUCAACUCCAUAGUCCAUUGCAUGCGGCUGGUCACAUUUUGAAUCCGGCCAUCUACUAUGAUAACAAGGGAUUGGAAUUUGAUUUCAAGGUAACUAAAGGGUUACAUGAUUGCAUCGAUAGAUUGGUACCAACCGAAGAAGACCGGAACAAGAUACUUCGAGAGUUGAGUAUUUACGAAAAGGGUGAAGACUUGUUUGGUAUUGAACUUGCACAGCGACUAAGGAAGGACAUGGACCCAGCUCAAUGGUGGGAGUCGUUUGGCGCCUCAGCUCCGACUUUGCAACAACUUGCUAUCAAGAUCUUAGGCUCAAAAUGUAGUGCUUUUGGGUGUGAACGCAGUCGGACUGUAUUUGAGAAGCUUCAUUCAAAAAAGAGAAACAGUCUUGAGCAUCAGAAGAUACAUGAUUCGGUUUAUGUGAAAUAUAACCAAAAAUUGCAUGAGAGGUACAAACACAUAGAUACAAGCGAUCCUAUUAUGCUCAAUGACAUUGAUGAGUGUAAUGAGUGGUUAGUUGGAGAGAUGGAAGAUGUGGAUGGUGUUGGUCGUGAUUUGGUUUUGAAUGAAGAUUCACGUGAUUGGGACACUGUCAACGACGCUUUUGGAGCCGGAGAGCCUAGAACACCUACUAGGUCUAAAAAAAGAAAAGAAUCUCCUACAUUAUCAAGUUGUGUUAGAGGUUCUAAAAAGGACACAAGAGCUGCAUCCACAUCUAGAAAAGGGAAAUGCAAGUUGGCGAUGCUGGUUGAAGAGAGAGAGCUCGUAGAUGUAGAAUCAGAAGACAGAGAAUCUGAGCAAGAACAUGCUGGAAAUAUUGAUGUGCCCAACUGUGAUGAGGAAGAAGGAUCUUCUUCGUUGGAUGCCAAUGACGAUGUGGAUGAGGAUGAGGAUGACUAUGUUGGGGAGGAUUUUGGUGGAGACGAACUAUAUAUCGUAUGAUAUCUUUAGAUUUUAAUUGUCGAGCUAAGACUUUUAAUUAUUAGACAUAUUACGGUGUUAUGCUUUA